AUGGAGCAGACCUACAUCAUGAUCAAGUGCGUAUACCCUUUUCUUUGGUCAAGGUUUUCUGAUAACUGACUUUGCUCCAAAUGGUUUGCUACCCUCCUCCUCAGGCCCGACGGUGUUAACCGAGGUGCGUCAAGCCAUUCACAACACCAGCAGUGUCUCCUCUCUAAACCUGAAAACCCCUUCUUACCCCCUUCCCACCCUUUCCCCCCCAGGCCUCGUCGGUGAAAUCAUCGCCCGCUUCGAGAAGCGCGGCUACAAGCUCGUCGCCUUGAAGAUGGUCACCGCCUCGGUCGAGCACCUCGAGAAGCACUACGAGGACCUCAAGUCCAAGGCGUUCUUCCCCGGACUCGUAAAGUACAUGGCUUCCGGCCCCGUCGUCGCGAUGGUUUGGGAGGGCAAGGACGCCGUCAAGACUGGACGUGUCCUGCUCGGCGCGACCAACCCUUUGGCUUCCGCGCCUGGUACCAGUGCGUUUCUCCAAAAUUAGGUUCUGUUCAGACAAAAGAUGAGACAGGAGUACUGAUCUGACCUUACAAUCCACUCGCAGUCCGAGGCGACUUUGCCAUCGAUGUCGGACGCAACGUCUGCCAUGGCGUAAGCUACCGACUCUACGAGGUCCCCAUCCCUUCCCCGUCCCUCCCACUGAUCCAUUCCUGUUCCCGUUUCCUCUCUUCAGUCCGAUGCGGUCGAGUCCGCCAAGGCCGAAAUCGCGCUCUGGUUCCCCGAGGGCUUAAACCAGUACAAGCUCGCCAACGAGGUAAGUCAAGCCCUUCCCGUCCCGUUAACCGAUACGUACAAGUUCUUUCCUUACUGA